AUGCUUCAACUAAUGGCAUCCAAUAAUACUAAUUUUCAACAUACAAACCAACAAGUUAAUUCAAAUAUGGCAACUUUGACUGCAGCCACUGAUAUGGCAAUCGCACAAAGGAAUAUCAAUAAUAUCGGGCUCGAGCCUGCUAAUUUUAAUUCACAAACAGUCAUAUUUCAAGAUAUAUUACCAACCUCCUCAAAGCCACAACUUCAAACUCAAUACCAAGUUCAAAAUCAGAAUCAAUGUACUUCAAACUAUACAUAUACAACUCCGAAGUCUAGUCAAGUUUUCCGCCUACCAAGAAUCCAAACUCCAUCACCCCGUCAAUUGCCACAAUCGCUAUCUAAUUCUCAAUCUCAAAUACAGCAGAUGCAAGCACAAAAUUCACAAUUUGUGACACAACCCUAUUAUCAGCAUCCUCAUCAUCAGAAUCCAUACCAUUUAAAUGGAAUAGUGUCUUUGAAUACAUUGGACCGUACAAGCGUAUCGACCAAUAAUACUCCAGAGAACUUACAACCAAUACCUUCUGUGUCAUUUGAACCAUACAUAGAUUCUUCAAGAAGACAUUCUCUAACGCUUGGUACAUUAGAUAGGUCAAUCACAAAUAAUGAUAAUCCUAAUCCUAAUAAUGUCAUCAACAGUAAGUAUAACGUUCCACCACCACAAGGCUUACAAAGCCUCCCAAUGGUUAGAACUUCAAGAUUCCCAUCAACUAAUUCCUUAGCGUUAAGGUUGCCAAGUAUAUCUGUCCCAACGACUGCUUCAACAAAUGUUCAUUCCCCUUUAAAGAAUUCUCAUAACAAUCUGGAUAACGCUAAUGAAGUAGAAAUUAAAUUAGAAAUACAGCCAAAUUCAAGAAAUAAUAGUAUAUCUUCAAAUUCUACCUCUUCUGUAUCAUCAUCAGGUUCAACAUCUGCUUCAAACUCAACUAUAUCCUUAAUAAAUCAAUCUGAUGCAUUAAGAUCCUUUAAACAACAGCAUCAACAAGUACAACCACCAUCAGCAUCAUCCUCCUCUUCCUCUUCUUAUAAUAAUAACACAUUUAAUCCAGGUGAAAAAUAUAAUGAAAGAGGUCAACUUAUAGGUAAAUCUGGUAAACUAUUAAGAAAUACAAAAAGAGCUGCACAAAAUAGAAAUGCACAAAAGGCAUUUAGACAACGAAGAGAAUUAUAUAUUAAAGAUCUUGAAACAAAGGCAAAGAUUUUUGAUUCCAUCAAGAAAGAAAAUGAAGAUUUGAAAACAUUAGUGGAUUUUCUAAAGAAAAAACUUCAAAAUUGUACGAAUAAUAAUAAUAUCAAUGAAUCAUCAUCAUCACCUCGUUCAUCAACUUCUGCCACAGAUCUUAAUAAUAUUAUGAAUUGA